AGAAGUCUACCCAGAAGCACGGAAGAAGGGCACACACUUCAAUUUUGCAAUUGUUUUUACAGAUCUCAAGAGGCCUGGGUACAGGCGUCAUGUUCUUAACAACAGUAUUACUCCGAAAGAGCAUUCCCGGAAAGCAAUGGAUUGGCAAGUACAGGCGACCAAGAGUGGUUACCCUUGCAAUGAAGCUAGCGAUGAUCCGAAGGCUGGAAAUUGAAGCAGAGAAUGAAUAUUGGCUGAGUCGACCUUACUUGACACGGGAACAGGAGUACAAACAUAAUACAGAAGGGAGGCUUGCAAAAUGGGAAGCUUUCAAACUCAUGAAGAAAGCCAAGUUCCCUAAGCACAGAUAUAUCAGUGACGAUUUGAACCACCUAAACGUGACGAAAAGGUGGACCUCUUGAGGAACAGGCCGUGUUUGUAUUUGGCAUGUGUCAGGCACUGCCAUGGGAUCUGUCGUUGUACUUGUGGCGGUUUCGUAGCUCAGUAUGAGGGCAGGUGACAAGUGAGGCUUUGCUGUGGUGUGUUACCAUCUUACAUUAAAGCAAUCCUACGGAACGGUG